AUAAAAAGCAAUAUUUAUUCAGUCUCGACACCGCGAAGCACUACAGCCGUGAUUGUAAUUUUGGAUACGAUUGUUCUAGUCUCACCUCUCGGUUCUACUGUUGUACAAAAGAUGCAGAAAAUUGUCUUUUUCGGCGGCACCGGCAUGUCCGGCCAAUGUGCGGUUCGGUACGCACUGAAAAAGGGGCUGUCCGUUCGUUUGCUGGUGCGCAACGAGGCGACCGUUCCGGAAGAUUUCAAAGCAAAGGUCGAGCUGGUGCAGGGUGAUGUAACGAACGUGGAGGACGUGAAGAAAGCGGUCGCCGGUCAGGAAUUGGUCUGUGUAGUGCUUGGCACGCGCAACGAUCUCAAACCAACCACGGCAAUGUCGGACGGCAUGUCGAACAUCAUCGCCGCUAUGAAGGAAGCUUCGCUGAAGAAGUUUUCCGUCUGUCUGUCGUCGUUCCUGUUCAUGGACCCGGACAAGGUGCCGGCCAUCUUUGUCAACAUUAACAGGGAGCACCGCCGCAUGCUGGAGACGGUGAAGGGCUGCGGGUUGGAGUACCGGGCCGUGCUGCCACCGCACAUUGCCGACGAACCUCAGGCCGAGUUUGCCACCGCCUACGACAAAGCGCCCGGCCAUUCGCGGUCCAUCUCCAAGCUCGAUCUCGGCCAAUUCCUCGUGGACUGCCUGUUCGAUGAGGCACAUGCGGGAAAGGUUAUCGGCAUUUGCACGAUUAAGUGAUGCACUCGAGCGACUCAUCUCUUGAAGGCUUCGCCGUCUUCUUCUGCUUUGUUGCACAAAAUAUAAUCCUCACUCGAGAGGCGAUUGGAUGCCUUUUUUCCGCUGGAAA